AUGUUGGCCACAUUAAGCUUGUGCCUCACCUGUCGCGUCUCGGAGUUCUCGUGCAAGGGGAGCGGGAGCAUUGGAAGUAUCUGCGUGCCACUUGACAAAUACUGCGAUGGACGCAGUGACUGUGCCGAUGGCAGUGAUGAGCCCAAACACUGUUCCGUCUGCAAUCGGACUUAUUAUGGUGAUAUCGGACGCACAUAUGCCAUUAAGGUGCCAACGCCACAGUGGAAUAAAUUGCCGUUCCUCUGUCACUUGACAUUCACCGCGUCCGGCCAUGAUCAAGGCGACAUAGUUCAGAUCAUCUUUGAUGGCUUUACGGUGGGCCGCUUCGAUGAGGGCAUGGUCGAUACGGAUGUGGAUGGUUAUGAAACGAAUCUGAGUCCGACCGGUGAGCUGCCCGGCUGUCCCGAGGGUUUUAUGCAGCUCAGCGAACUGGGGCGACCAUUCACAGGCGGCUCCUGGUGCGGCAAGGCCACAGGACCGCAAUUAUACUUCAGCGAAACAUCCACGGUGACAGCAUCAGUGAAGGUAUUUCAUCCGCCACGCAAUAUUCGAGACGAGAAACCCUUCGAGUUCAGCAUAAGAUACAAAUUUAUUAGCCAGUCCGAUGCAGUUGUAAGGUAUGGACUACCCGAUAAGCCAUUGGAAUUGGGACGUGUCACACCCGGCACCUAUUGUACAAGGCAAUUCGAUGAAUGCUAUCGUAACAAGUGUCGCCUGCAAAGUCCAAAUUAUCCUGGUAUGUAUCCAAGGAAUGUUACCUGCUAUUGGACCAUACGCCAGAAAGAGGUUCCAACCAGCAAGCAUGCCAUGAUUGCCGUUAGCCAGGAGAAUCAGCACAAGGCCCUAGUCAAGCGAUCCAUAGCCAGCUUUAAUAAGACCUCACGCUCGAUUCGGGCCUGGUCGGAUUGUACGGGUGAGCGGGAUCAUUUGAUAUUCUAUGAUGGCAGCUCCACCAACGAUCCCGUCUUGGCCAAAUACUGUGGCGGUGACUGGUUGCCGCGAGUUGUGUCACGCGGACCGGAAAUGCUCGUUGCAUUUCAUUCCAGUCCUUUCUCGGCCCCUCUCCAGCAGGGAAUUCCCAAUAGAGGCUUUGAACUGGAUGUGGACAUAUUAUUCACCGAUUCAGAUUCAUAUGACUUUGCACAGGGCACCAAAAAUCUUUGUGAAUUUCAUAUUAAUGCAUCGAAUCCGGAUGAUGUGCUGUUCUCACGUCGCGGUCGUAUGGGACGCAUUGUGAGUCCGCGUCACACGCUUCCGCCGAACACAACAUGCACGUACCACUUUCACGGAUAUCCUGGUGACCUGAUUUGGUUAUCGUUCACCAGCUACAAUCUGCAGAUACUGCAGCAGGCGAUACACGACAACAAUACGCUGGGACGGAGCGAUCUGCCGCCUUGGAUAACACGGCUGCGCAUGUGGGACAGCUAUGGCACCUACAUGCCCAUCAAGUCGACGAGUGUGACAACGGGACAACCACCGCCUCCUCCGCCGGUUGCCUCAUCGGCAGAUGGUGGGAAACCCACACUGUUGAAUCAGAGCAACUAUGGCAGCUAUUACUACAGUGCCAGCAAUCCCAAAUUGAAUCGGAACCUGCGUGUCAACAUUGACAAUGCCUGGAAUCCGGUGGACACCUACAUCUAUGGACCCACCCAGUCGAGUGUGUUCAACCAAGAGAACAAGUACAGUGGUUACCAGGGCGGUGGAGCCGGCGGAGGAGCUGGGUCCUCGGGCAAGCCGCUGGGCGGCAUCAAAGAUAGCCUUAACUAUAUCUCGGGUGGUAAGUCAGGACGGGAUGGACAAGGCGCCUCGGCUGCAGCCGUAGUGAGUUCCGAUAAGAACAGCCAGAGCGCCGUCUCUCUCAUGAGCACCAAGGGCAAACGACGCCUCAUGCUGGAGAUCUACGACUACGAGACUCCCAAGCUGUGCGAUCACACGGCCAUCGGCAGCGGAGUCAGCGGUAGCAGCGCCCUCAUGGGUGGCAACAAGCAGCGACCCUGCAGUCCACUGGAAAGCUAUGUGAGCACAGGCAGAGAUCUGAAACUGGAAUUCCACACGCACACAGGCACCGCCCUAUUUCCAGCUCAAUUUGCACUGAACUACGAGUUUGUGGACACCGAACAAGGAGGCGAAACGUGGCCGGGUAGGCGUGGCGAGGAUCCAGUGCCGCCGCUCUGUUCGCGUGUUUUUCGCAAACGUAAGGGCAACAUUCAGGUGCCGAGGAAUGUAUUCCUCUAUGGCAGAGGCGGUGCCAAGAACAUAACGUGCCUGUAUCGCUUUGAGGCGGGCACUUCGGAGCGUGUUAAGCUCGUGCUGCACAAUGUAUCCUUUGGUGAAGGCACGGCAUGCACAACGGACUCGGAUCUACAUACGGGCAGGCCACGUUGCAAUCAACUGGAUCCCGAGGGUCGCAUCACCGAGCUGAGACUGUACGAUGUGCCUUUUCGGGAUGUCAAGAUACAGCUGGGCUGCUUCUGUGAUAAUUCGAGCGCCUUGUACAGCAAUGCGCCAUUGACCUUUGUCUCGCAUUCGCGUGUCAUGGAGCUCACAUUUACCGUGAGCAGACUCAACAUUUCAGAGGACUUUGCCGACGUAUUCUUCUCGGCCUCGUAUGAGUUCAAACGCCAGCCGGACUGCCGCAAGCAGCUGAAACUGAAGGGUGCCGGUGGCGAGGAUGAGCUGAAGUAUCCGCUCAAAACACAAGAUGCCAGCUGCGAAGGUCUCGCCUGGUUCAUUGAGGCACAGUCCCCGGAACGUUCGCUCUUUGUGCAAACCUGGGGCUCCUAUCUGCCCGUUGAUCCCACCUCUGAGGAUGCCAUGCGCUGUCAUACCAAGAAUCGAUUGAUGGUCUACUCGGGCCGCCCACUGAAACCGAUGCGUGUGGUUUGUCCAGCCCAGAGUGGUCCCAGGCCAACAUCACUCCACAUAUUCUCCGAGGACUGGACCAAUGGGCAGCCGUUGUUCAUGAACAAACCCAUGAGCUUGGUCCUGGAACCCAUCCUCAAGGAGCCCGGCGACAUUGCCUUCACAUGGCUGGAGAUUCAUCGCACCAAGAAUGCGCUGCUGCAGCAAUUGGACCUGCAUGUGAACGCAAGCGUAACCACGGGCAUGGGCGCACCACCCAGCACUGGUAGUGGUGCUGCUGGUGCUGGAAGUGGUGGAGUUGUGGGCACUGGGAGCGCCGGAGUUGCUGGCGCCGGAGGCAUUGCGCCGAGCUCGGCAGCCAAUGAAACCCUGAACGAACUUGGUUUCUAUCCCAAGGAGUCGGACUGCGAGUAUAAAUGUCCUGAAAUUGAUGCAUGCAUUGCGGCCAGUCUGUGGUGUGAUGGUCAUCACAACUGUCCCAGCGGUUUCGAUGAGUCCGAGGAGGAGUGCGGCACGGCACGAAAGCUGCUCGAGCUGCCCGGCGGCGUCUUUGCGGCAUUGGGUUGCAUUGCGGCGGCUCUGACCGCCUGCCUGAUAUUCUGCAUGUUUGGGCUGAUGCGCAAGCGAAAAAAGUCGGUGGUGCAGAAGAGCGGUGGAUUUAUGAACGGUGCCAAUGGCAAUGGCAACAUGCCAGCUGCAUGCAACAUUGGCACACUGAAGAAGGACUUCAAGAAGGAGGCGCUCUACAUCGAUCCAGCGUCCUGACAUCCACUCCAGCCGGUCGAGUACAUACAUGUGGAUCGAGAGACUACCGUGUGAUAUGUUGCCGCCGGCUGUGGCUUGUACGAGCAAAUGGAGCAGGGCCAGAACAUUGCCUGACCAGAGGAGCAACUGGAACAGGAACAGGAACAGGAACAAGUGCAAAUGGAGCAACUGGAGAUUAUUGUUGGUCCAGUUCAGGAUCUGGCAUGGAGGUUUUAAAACAGCUGUUGAGAGAAUGUAAGAAUGUGAAUGCGAAAGGAUUUCGAAUGAGCCAAACAGGGA